UCACUUUGAACUUUUUCUUGCGAUACUCAAUUUUGACAAAAUAAAUGUGCAAGAAGAAGCAAGCGCAGGGUGAUUGAGGGGACCAGCGACGUGAGCGCUAUCGCAUUGGUGAAGUGCAGGGACCUCUCACAAAUUUAGAUUGUCUCUCCUUGACGUUUUCCAAGCAAGCAGAAGUCACUGUCGAAAAAUGUCGGGUUCUCGGUGAACGGCGCCGGCUAAUACCAGCACAAACCUUCCUGCCUCAUUGACUAUAUGGUACUUAAUAGGCUUUGAAUUGGGUUUCUGCCAGCUUGUAGCAGCUCCAGUUCCUGAUAAGAGGUAACAAAUGGUAUCUGCCAAUCAAAGCAACGUUGUUCGAGCUCUCCGCUUGCUCGCACUGGCGGCAGUGUUGGUUCUAGGUGAAUCGCAGCAGGAGAUUCGAGAAGAUGCCAAAGGGGGAGCAGAACUAUGCGACAGAGAGAGAACCAGGCUGGCGCGUGAGCUGCUGAAUCAGUACCUCUUCCCCCUGAUUGACACAGCACGCUUCAGGCUCGACCCUCAACGAUGCCGACUCCAUCCAGAGAACGACAUGUUACUGCGACAAGAAGAGGAGAAGGUGGAGCAAGAGAACGGCCUUUGGCAGUGCCGCAUCUGCCGCAAGAUGUUCCGGGAGGAAGAGUAUAUUGACAAACACAUGGGGAACAGGCAUCCGCAGGUUGUAUACCCGGGCGCGACCGUUUGUCUUGCCGACCUGUGCGACAUCCUGCAUUGUGAUGCGGUUGAGAGGGCGGUGCAGAAGCGAGCGCCGCCAUCCUGUCAAGAACAAGAUGCGCAGCGGCGAAAACACCUGUGUCAGGCCCUAAGCGAAGCUUGCUUUCCUCCAGAUCAACCGCUAGGUCAAAAGAUGAACGAGUUCUUCCAGCGGCAGUUCUGUGACGCGCACACUUGCCACGAGGGCCGGAAGCUCUUCCCCGAGGGUCAGCAGAAGCGCGGACGAGGGGCCAGAUACUUCGUACUCGCAGGCCUCGGGGCAAUCCUGCUGGCGCUCUUCUAUGCGGGGCUCUUUCUAUACCAAAGAGACUUGGCAAAGCAAGGGAAAGGCCGUCUGUUUUCAAGCCGUCACGCUGCUCGUCUGCUCCAUUUAAGAAAACACAAGAAGCAAUAAUAUUGGUGCUGCUGGAAGUAACUUCAGCGGCGAUGGGGUGACAAACUCUGACCCGUUCUGUACAAGAAGCUGCCAACAAGAAUUGUGUCAAUUCAUAGAACGUGCCACGCGGAUAGCUGCCCCUCCGGAAAGAUGAGUUCAAAUCUCGUAAUCACUCCGCAAUUUUCAAGACAUGCAUGAUUCCACAAGACACUUUACCUCAUGCGACAGACGCGUGAUGGCGAAG